GUAUUUUAUUUCAUACUAGUAGUCUCACAUUCCGACCUAAUACAACAAUUAAAACUGUUGGAAAAAAAAAUAAUCACCGAAAUUUGAAGGCCGGAUAGAAAACCGAUCUGUGUGCAUGUCCAUACUACGUAGAUAAUCAAAGAACAAGGAAUUUCCAUUGAACCAACGCGAACAAAAAUGAAUUCAAUCUUAAUUACGGGAUGCAAUCGGGGCCUUGGCUUAGGUUUAAUAAAAACUCUACUCAAUGUGUCUACACCACCAGCUCAUGUAAUUGCAACGUGCCGUAAUCUACAGAAAGCCGAGGAACUUCAAGAACUAUCUCAAAAGCACCAAAAUUUGCAUGUAAUCCAAUUCGAUACAACCGACUUUAAUUCGUACGAUAGAGUGACCAAAGAAGUUGAGAAUGUAGUCCAAGGUAAGGGCUUGAAUGUUCUCUUUAAUAACGCUGGAAUAGCCAGCAAAUCGACCAGAUUGUCGGGUGUUAGAGCAGAUGAUUUUACCAAAUCGUUUCUUGCGAAUACCACUGCUCCGAUUAUGCUCACUAAGGCCUUGCACCCUCUAUUAAAAAAAUCGGCAGAAAUCAAUGGUGACAAACCUAUGGGCGUUGGCAGAGCGGCUGUAAUCAAUAUGAGCUCAAUACUAGGAUCAAUUGGAUCUAAUGUCGAGGGUGGCAUGUAUUCGUACCGUGCGUCCAAGUCAGCAUUAAAUGCCGCCACCAAAUCAAUGAGCAUCGAUUUCAAGGAUUCCAAAAUUCUAUGCGUUAGUCUUCAUCCGGGAUGGGUCAAAACGGAUAUGGGUGGCAAAAAUGCACCAUUAGAAAUUGAUAGCAGUUGUAAGCGAAUGAUCGAGACAAUAAUGUCGUUGAAUGAAACAAACAAUGGAACAUUUUUGCAAUUCGACGGAAAGUCGCUGCCUUGGUAAAAUCUUAAUUCGUUUAUAGCAAAAUCGACGUUCCUUUUUAUAGCGCACAUUUUGUCCACAUUCGAUAUUUAUUACUGGACUCAAAUAAA